GUGAACAGCAUUGAUGUUAAUUAUAUAAUAAUAUCACGAUUUUGAGGAUUUCCUUCUUAUAAGGAUCAUGGCGCACUACUGGAUCUUCAUAACGUUCACAUGGUUCGGCACAGCAAGCCUGCAGUACAUCAACACCGCCGGCGCCGACGGCGAGGCUCUCAUGGACCCGCUAGACUCCACCAUUCACUUCCCUCCCCUCCCCUACGUCAAUUACUUUAACUACCCAAGAAAUGACUUCGAAGUUCCACAAAGCGACGACAACAUGGAUCACAACGAAUUCUAUCCGCAAGAUCACGAUCCAACCGAAAUACAAAGAAAACGACGCACCACUGGCAGCGAGCAAACUGAAGAGCCAAAAGACCAGCAGUGGAAACCAAACCUGGUCGAUGUAGACAAGACCCUGUACUUGAAUAACGAAGAUAGAGCAAGCCCGUUUAUAUUUCACAGCUAUUCAGGUAAACUUGGCAGGAAUUCUACCGAUUUAAUGAGCUCCAUAGAGAAAAGGAGCUUCAGUCCUUGGGGUGGAAAGAGAGAUGCAAUAGAGCACAUGUGGACAUGGAAGAGAUCAGCCGGUAUCCGAGAGCCCAGCAUGCCGAAGAGAGUACGUUUCAGUCCGUGGGGUGGAAAACGAAGUGGACAAAUGAUAUACAAGCCAGGAUCAAAAGCCUCAAAGGUUAUUUUUUCUGCAAACGUACCAGAGCUAACUCGUAUUGUAUCGAAUUAUUCUCCCAAAGCAGGACGCUUGGAUAUGGCCGGAUUCCAGUACAUGCCAACUCUAGACAAGCGACAUCCAAUUAAAAUCCUCGCGUUAUCCACUCAAUUCGACGAGAAAACAGCUAAAGAAGCUUUACCGUUUAACACCUUCAUGGAAAGUUUACCGAAAUCCUUUAAACUCGGUCAUCCGUAUUUGGACGUGAAUCUGAAGAAGGAUGGAAAGAGGAAGGUUAAAUUCAGCGCUUGGGGCGGAAAGAGAUCUCCACCUAUCAUCGGCCCCAUAUGGACUCCAGCGCCUCAAAACAUCAAAGACUCGACUUUAGAUACCAUUGUCCUGAUCCGAAACCACGAAAAUGACGAUUUAUCAAAGGUUCUUUAAAAACUAAACGUUUAAAAAUCAAACGACUGGAACUCCCGAACAUGAACACCGAAACGUUUUUACUCUUUUAUUAUAAGAAAUAUACGGCUUUGCAUAAUAA